GUACUCUGUGGGAUCUGGAGCUUUUUCAGUAAGAUCAAUAAUGGUGAGCAAACCUCCAAGAAACAGCCCACCACUACUGCAGUUUCCCCCUGCAGUACACAGACAUGGGGAAUUUGGUGUGUGCCUAGAAUACUUGUUAUUUACAUUAGGUGAUCCUGACUUUCAGCCAGGCAGUCCAGUGGUUUAUAUGAGUGUGUAUUCCCUCCCCUUCUUCUUCCUGCACACCAGGAGGAGGAAUAAUGCAGAAUUUAGUUUCACUUCAGCAGAUUUCUGAGGAGUUAUCAUUUGUGCAGCAGGAAUUCUACUUCAAAAGUUAGACCUGGUUCUUAUGUAAUGACUAAUUAUGGGUUAAGCAAAAGUGGGCAUUCUGCUUUUCCACUUCUGCUUUGCAUCUGGUUUCAUCAACAGCCUGUGGCUUGUUGCUGAGUUAAAACAUUGGGUUGUCUUUCCUUCAGUAAUGCAGAGUUCCAGGUUCACACAUUGCAUCAAACAACCAAGGAAUUAAUUUUUGCAUAGUAAUAUUAACAAGCCAAGGCAGUGCCCUAUCAAUUGCUAAAGAAAACGAAUUGCCAAUCCUGGUUUAUUUUUCUUCGGCAAACUAGAGUUUCUUUUAAGCUGCAAUUCCUGAUGCCCAUGUAACAACAUUCUAAGAAAGUUCUAGAAUGGAACUAAAUUCUGGUUUACUCCUUGUCAUAGUGGAGGAGGAACACAUGAGCCUAGCACAUUGGACAGGCUCAGUCCUGCUUGUGCAUGUAACUCUGAACUAUGUUUAGUUACAUGUGAACUGGUCCUUGUUCUUUCUGGCUUUUUUGUGACUUCUAUAACUUCUGUUGAAGAAAGAUGGGAGUAGAUGUUGUUAAAUAACAUUAAAUAAAUAUUAAGUAUAUUAGAUCACUUAAUCAUGAAUGUGUUAGAGUUGAGUAUUUUGAAUUUCAAUCUAGGUUUUGGGUCAGAAGCAAAAAGAAAAAUAUACGUUUUUGUGAUGUAUUCAGUUUCUGCAAAAGGGGGAGAAACAUAUUAGUAGAAAACCCUUUAUUACCUGGUGCCUCCAUUUGUUUCUAAUAAGGGAGUUACAGGGAUGCCAGACUGCCUGGGAGCCACAGCUCUAGGCUUGGUAAUUACGCCCCUUUGGAAGGAAGUUCUCCGUCAACUUGCUCAAAGGCAUUUCCAAUAGGAGGGAAGUUCUCUCUGUACUUGCUCAGAGGCAUUUAUUUCAAGUGUUUUGGGACCCAGUGCAAGCACUGAAAGUAAGUUCAACCCUUGGCUCAGAUCAGAUGGAUGUCCUAGCGGGGUGGCAAUUAGUCUUGCGGGCGAUGCCUUACAGAGGCACUCAGUCCAAAGAUCUUUCUAGCCUCCCUUGCUUAUGUAUCUGUUCACUGCUGUUUGUCGAAGAGAGUGCUGCGCUCUCUCUUUCCAGCCAGCGCAGGAAUUCAAAGCAUGCUGGGGCCCUUUGCUGCCUCGAUCUUAUCUUCAGGAAGCUGCACACAGCCACGCCCUGAGAUAUUGCUGUCAGGAGACAGGAAGGAGGGGAAAGACCCAGGAGUCUUGCCUUCCUCCCCCAAUUCAGAACAAGCUCUUCGCUGGAUUCUUUGGAAAGGGACUUGAGUGGACUAGAUGAACAGAGUACAAUUUUACAAUCUAGGAUAUGAGGAGAGGAGGCUGCAGAAUCUCUAAGAUAUCCUGUGCUGGGAGGUGCCUGGAAUGCCCACAAAACUUACAACUCCAGUGCCGCUCUUGUGGCCUCAGAGCCACAGAUGAUGUUGCUCUUUACAUAGAAAAAGGACACUCAGAGUCCCAGCUCCAACCUUGCGGCAAAUUUCUGAGGUUGGCUCCAAGAUCCUGAAUUCUUCUAUGGCCAUUUGGAUGCUAUCUGGUGAUCACAGGAUUGUAUCCUUGCUACCUAUUGAAACGCAGAGUACCAGCUCAGAAGAGAUUGUGCCCAGCCCACCUUCACCACCCCCAUUGCCCCGAAUCUACAAGCCGUGUUUUGUGUGCCAGGAUAAGUCGUCUGGCUAUCACUAUGGUGUCAGCGCCUGUGAAGGAUGCAAGGGCUUUUUCCGCCGCAGCAUUCAGAAGAACAUGGUGUAUACCUGUCACCGCGACAAGAACUGCAUCAUCAACAAAGUGACGCGAAACCGAUGUCAGUACUGCCGUCUGCAGAAGUGCUUUGAAGUUGGCAUGUCCAAGGAGUCGGUCCGGAAUGAUAGAAACAAAAAGAAGAAAGAUGCUCCCAAGCAGGAAUGUUCUGAGAGCUACAUCAUUACGCCUGAGGUGGAGGAUCUCAUCGAGAAAGUGCGCAAGGCCCACCAGGAGACCUUCCCUGCUCUCUGCCAGCUGGGCAAGUACACCACGAAUAACAGUUCAGAUCAGCGAGUUUCUCUUGACAUCGAUCUGUGGGACAAGUUCAGUGAACUGUCUACAAAGUGCAUCAUCAAGACAGUAGAAUUCGCUAAGCAGCUGCCGGGUUUCACCACGCUCACAAUCGCUGACCAGAUCACGCUUCUCAAAGCCGCCUGUCUAGACAUCCUGAUCCUGCGGAUAUGUACACGCUAUACCCCGGAUCAAGACACCAUGACUUUCUCAGAUGGCCUGACACUCAAUCGCACGCAGAUGCACAAUGCAGGCUUUGGGCCCCUCACAGAUCUAGUCUUUGCCUUUGCCAACCAGCUGCUGCCGCUUGAGAUGGAUGAUGCUGAAACAGGACUCCUCAGCGCCAUCUGUCUCAUAUGUGGAGAUCGACAGGACCUGGAACAGCCAGACCGAGUGGAUAAGUUGCAGGAGCCGCUCCUGGAGGCCCUGAAAGUCUAUGUAAGGAAGAGGCGGCCUAGCAAACCCCAUAUGUUCCCUAAAAUGCUGAUGAAGAUCACAGACCUGCGAAGCAUCAGCGCAAAGGGUGCUGAAAGAGUGAUCACCUUGAAAAUGGAGAUCCCCGGGUCGAUGCCACCCCUUAUCCAAGAGAUGCUGGAGAACUCUGAAGGCAUGGACACCUUGGGGGCCCCCACGGGAGCCCCGCCCCGCAUAGGCAGCCUAGCCCCUCCUCCAGGCAGCUGCAGCCCCAGCCUCUCCCCCAGCUCCAACAGAAGCAGUCCUGCCACGCAUUCGCCGUGACCACGCUGGCCACUGGGACAAGCGGCCGGAUCCCCCCACACACUUUGGUCUCUGCACCCUGGGUAUGCCUGGACAAACAUCGGAGGAGCAGGGUGGGGUCAAGGGAAGCCCUGGGACAGAACGAUGCUGCAAGCCGUCUUCUCCCCCACCAUGCUCCACCCCGGGAGUCGUGCUUGGGCUCCAGAGAGUGGCCUCCAUGUACUGCCUGUACCAGCACACUGUCUUUCAUUCAGCAGUUCCAGCAAAACAGCGCCCUGCUUGCUGUGCAGGCCUCUUUUCCCACUGGGGAGCCACAGUUCAUAUACAGGAAGUUUUGAACUCGCAGUAGACAGAUCAACAAGCAGAUCUGAAGGACAGAAGCUCAAAACUAGGAGCAAGACUUUACAGAUAUAUAUAUCUGUAUACAGAUAUAUAUAUAUAUAUAUUAAAACACAACCGAUUACAAAAAAAGAUCACCGUCUGUGCAGCACGCACCCCUGCUCUUCCCUUCAUCCUGUCCUGCACACGUACACACUUCCACGAAGGGUUUGCCUGCUUCUUGUUGCAGUGAAAAUGAAGUGGUGUUUUUUUUUUUUUCUCGGUUGAGUUUGCAUUUCAAAUGUUUCAGGGGAAAGGGUGUAAUGUUUUCAGGGUUUUUUUUAAUUGCUCAACCCCCUCUUUUUGUCCUCGAUUUGACCACCCAAAGUUACCUUUCUCUCCUUCCCUGGCUCCCCUCCCCACUCUUUGUCCACUCACACAUGCCUAAAAAUGUCACCAGCAAAUAAUAAAGUAAAAUUAGUUCUUCAGGUAAAAAAGAAAAAAAGUACACAUAGAACAAGGAGGGAAGGAUUCAUUUAAGAAAGAAAUAUAUAUAAAUAUAUAUAUAUAUAAAUAUAUAAAAUACAUUUUAAAAGAAAACUUUGUAAAAGUUUGGAAUUUGGAGGGUUUCUAGAAAGAGGUUGGCAAGAAGAAAACCAGAAAAAAAAAAACCAACAUGAUUCUUGUAUGGGGUUGGUCACAAUUUUCUUUUAAAUGCAACAUUUAGCUAGAGUUAAGCCCUUUUAAUUCAGUGGCUGAGUUAGUACAAAAUACUACAGCAGAAUUGCUGAGAAUUUGGGCAUGCCAGUAAUGCUAAUGCAUGAUUGCCAAUCACUCCUGUUUGACUUUUCCAAGAAGCCCGAGCAUCCAAACAUUAGACUCACAAGUAACCAGAAACUUACUGUGCACGAACGCUUAGCGCUCCAUCUGGUCGUGGACUUCUGGGUUCUCUCACUCCUAACAAUGCGUAGUUUAGAGAGAAGGCUUGAAGCUGGUUCAUGGGUCCAGGCUUGGUAGUAGACGGGACUGGCAUAAGCGGUCUUCCCACCUGGCAUGCCCACAUCUCCCCAUCUCCAUGGCAUUGCUGCCAGGCAUAUGGGAUCUCAUCAUUCUGGGCCAGCUUUUGUGGGAAUUGUGCAGCUCUCACCGCUGGUGGCUGCUCUCCUGCUGCACCGAGAGAACAGCUGGCGGGGCCUCUCUGGACUGUCUGCGAAAGGCUGCAGUUGCAGGCCGUCCUGGCUGGGACAGGUGUGGGUGGCCCAAUUUGCUAGUUCCCUGGGUCUGUGGCCUUUUGCAAGUUCAGCAGCCACGCACUGGUAGGCACCCUCUCUUCGGAUGAAAUGCUAAGCUGUUCUUUCCUGGUAAGUUUCUGGUUGUCGCAGCCGGCCCGUUGACAUGUGGAGCCAAGUGGGAAGUGAUUGGGGAGUGCACGCUCGGCAUCCCAGCUAUGUCAGAAUUCUCAGACAUUCUGGCUUAGCAUUUUGCACAGAUGAGUCAGUGAGAAUUAAAGAUGCUUUAUGCUGGCUGGAUUUGUGUCCUUGGGUUUUUGGUUGCUUUUAUUGACAAGAGACCUUGUUGGAUCAGUGUUGGAUACAGAGCUAAAAUUUUCCCUCCCUGCC